AUGAAAGUAUUUUACUGUGUGAAGAGCACUCAAAUAGACCUUCUCAAGGACAAACCUACGCUACAUAAAUCUUCAAAAAUAAAAGUUAAAUUCACAGAACCAAGGGCUAUUGUGAAAAGAGAAUUUACCUCGGUUGAUAACAUAGAGUACCUUGAUGUAACUGAAAACCUAAGACUGGCAAGGAUAUAUGACAGAUUAAUGAAUAGAGAAAUCUUCGAGACAAUGUUUGAAGACCUAGACCACCACAAUGUCUUUGAAGAGUACAGGCUAUUUAAUGAACAGUUCUACGAGAAACUAAGGGACGUCGUCACUGAAGACGAUCUGAUUGUUGUCAACGACUCCUCGCUUUUUUUGCUUCCGGGCAUGACAAGGGCCAGGGUUGCUUUCAGGAAUCUGAAGUUUGAGGGCUGCUUCAUAGAGAAGGUCCCGUUCUACAGACAUAUUCUCAAAAACCUAGCCCUGGCUCAGAAGUUCUUCGACUGCAAGGAAAGCCUGGACUCCUUUGCCAACUACAUGAUGUGCUCAUACGAGAUGCGGGACGUGGAAAGGGGCGGGUGCUGGUACCUGAAGCCGUAUGUAGACAAGUUUGCAGUCAUAGACACGCUGGAGCAUAUCCUGGAGCUGUGCAUCCAGAAGACUAGAGAUCCAGCCUGUUUGGUCGAAAGCAACUUCCCGGACAGAUUCAAUUACGAACUGCUAAGGUACCUGCAUGACUUGGAAGUGCCAAAGACCAGGAUGUGUGUUCUUACCGAUGUGAAUCUGAUUCACAUUGAGCCAUUUAUUGUGAAGCAUCCACACAUCCACGUGAGGUAUCUCAGGACUGGUGUAGAUCUGAACGAGGAGACAUCCAGAAUGGCUCAAUACCUCAAAAAGAUGUACAGCAGUAGCUUUUCUGUUGCUGACCCUGUUGAGUACUCCCACGUCGUGGCAGAGAUGUUCUUCUGUGAUGCUUUUGUGGGAACACAAUACAGAGAGAUUGCCCAGCUGUUUGGGAGGCCUGUGGUGGUGGACAGCUAUGACCCAUUCGAGCUUGCAGACGAGAUAGAAAAGGCAAUGUACACACCCAAGAAGUACUCAGUGAUAGGCGAAGAGGAGUAUCUGAAAGAGUUCAUGGAGGUAAAUGGAUACAAAAUAGUACUAAGCCAGCUCCCAGGUGAGGAUGGAACAAUUGACAGACUCUCUAAAGAAAUCUGUGCGUUGAUCUGCAGACCACCCAAGCUCCAAUCUGAAAUCGAGUAUUACAAAAAAAUAAUAGGAGGCACUGAAAAUGGGGUGUAUAUGAAAAGAGGAUCAAAACUACCCGCCGAACACAAAGAAUCGUACCAUCCAAUAAUAUUUGGUGAAAACAGCUACUUCGAUCUCAAGAGCAAGAGGAGAAUGAAGAUACCAGAACCGCUGAAUGCAGAACAAGCCAAAAUGCUCUGGGAGAAGUCUAGCAAAACAAUCCUAUUAGACUACGACGGCACCCUAACACCGAUAGUUGAAGAUCCCGACAAGGCCGUGCUCAGCGCAAGGGCCAAGGAGAUUCUCAUGAACCUGUCCAAAGCAGGCAGGGUAGUCAUAUGCUCAGGAAGAUCAAAGGCAAAGUUGGAUGAGUGGAUUCCAAAGGAGAUCGAGGUUUAUGCAGAGCAUGGGGCAUUCCAAAGAGUAAACGGUGAGUGGUCGACUAUAAGAGAAAAAAACAACAUACUUGGAGUAGCACGUGAAAUCAUGGAAUACUAUUCCAAAAGAACCCCGGGCACAGUGAUUGAAGAGAAAACUUCCGGACUGUGUUUUCAUUAUCGAAUGGCCAGGAGCUUCUGUGUUGGUAAGCUUUACUCACUCUUGAGGAAAGUAGGGGAAGAGAAUGUUCAGCUAGGAAAGAUGAUAGUUGAGUUAAAGGCAGCUAGAAAAGACAAUGUCUGUAGAAUGCUCGACCCUGCUAUUUGCGUGGGCGAUGACCGGACAGACGAGGACAUGUUCAGGGUGUGCAAAGGCAUCUCAAUUAAGAUAGGAGAGGGGGAGUCGCAUGCCAAUUUCUGCAUUGAGGAUGUUGAUGGAUUGCUUGAUUUUCUGUCUGCACUGGCUCAAUAA